GCAGGGCGGGCAGCCGGAACCGGCGUCGGGGACGAAGCCCGAGCAGCAAAAGGACCGCGCUCCGCCACAAGGAUGCUGCGGAGGAGGAUUCCCCGGAGGAGGGUUGGGAAUCGUCCCUCCGCCUCCCCUGCGCCGCCUCGCACGGCAGUCCUUGGGGGCGCUGCGGAAGCGGCGAGCAAGCGGGCGCCUGCCAAGCGUCCUCCCCGGCUCGGCGGCUGCGGCUACCGCGCUGUGCCGCCACUUCCCGCCCUUCCCAGUUGGGCUUUGCCGUUGGUUUCCUUGGCGAGGCGGGGGGUCCCCCCGGGAGCCGGGAAGGGCUCCUGCGCUGCUGCCGGCCCUUUGGCGGGAAGUUACUUUCUUGGCGAAUUCCCAGCCGGGCGGUGAGGGAGGGGGCAUCCCGCUCGCCUCUCCUCUUCAUGCCCCUCCUGGCCGAGGCUGGAGCCUCCCUUCGCCCUGGCCGUCUUCGGUUAAUGUUGGGUACGUCCCCGGGCUGAGUUCCUGAAGGGGGCAGCGCUUCCACCGCCCCGCGAGACGCGACGCUCCGAAAUACUUUUUUUUUUUUUUGAAAACAGGCACUUCACACCCGAAGCUGCAGUUUCAUCAAGGUGAACAUGGACUGCAAAAAGACCCCGAGAUUUAAACAAUAAUCCAGGAGGGGAAGUUAUACAUUACAUGAUAAGCUAGAGAGAGACCGGGAGAUGUUUUCAGCCAAUAUGGAGAGAUGAUUCUGUGAAAGAGGAGGAUUGCUGCAGAGAGCAAAGAUGGCAUUUGCCCAAUCACACAUUAUGACGGCUAGAAGGCAUCAACACAGUCGACUCAUAAUUGAAGUAGAUGAGUACAGUUCUAAUCCAACCCAGGCCUUCACCUUCUACAACAUUAACCAGGGACGUUUCCAACCCCCUCACGUACAAAUGGUAGAUCCUGUUCCACAUGAUGCUCCAAGAGCUCCAGGAUACACUCGUUUUGUUUGUGUGUCUGAUACUCACUCCAGAACAGACCCAAUUCAAAUGCCUUAUGGAGAUGUUUUAAUUCAUGCUGGUGAUUUCACUGAACUGGGACUUCCUAGUGAAGUUAAAAAAUUCAACGAAUGGUUAGGUAGUCUACCAUAUGAAUACAAGAUUGUGAUAGCAGGUAAUCAUGAGCUGACAUUCGAUCAAGAGUUCAUGGCAGACUUAAUCAAGCAGGACUUUUAUUAUUUUCCCUCAGUAUCUAAACUGAAGCCAGAAAGUUAUGAAAAUGUGCAAUCUCUCUUAACGAACUGCAUAUACCUGCAAGAUUCAGAGGUAACAGUGAGAGGCUUCAGGAUAUAUGGUUCUCCAUGGCAACCUUGGUUUUAUGGCUGGGGCUUUAAUCUUCCACGAGGUCAAGCGCUCUUAGAGAAAUGGAACCUAAUUCCAGAUGGAAUAGAUAUUCUUAUUACACACGGACCGCCUCUUGGUUUUCUAGAUUGGGUUCCUAAGAAAAUGCAAAGGGUGGGCUGUGUGGAGCUGCUGAAUACAAUCCAGAGACGAAUACAACCACGACUUCAUGUUUUUGGACAUAUUCAUGAAGGUUACGGUGUUAUGGCUGAUGGAACAACUACCUAUGUGAAUGCUUCUGUAUGUACCAUGAAUUACCAGCCAUUGAAUCCACCUAUAGUAAUUGAUUUACCUACUCCAAGAAACACAUAAUUGUGGCAGAAUGAAAAUACGUAAUUUAUGCCAAUGUAAGAGCCAAGUAAACAUGAAAUUGUGGCAUUAUUUUUAUUGUUCUUUACAGACAACGUGGAAAGAUAGAUGGACAAAGGCAUUUGGUAUCACAACUUUUUGAAAAUGUAUUCUUGGAUUUAGCAUUUCAUUGUUUUUUUAAAAAAUGUUAAUAUGAAAAAGGAGACAACUUCUGCAUUAUAGACAUGGGUUCAUUUUGUAUAUUCCAUAUGCUGUAUUGAAUUUACGAAAGGACACGUCUCUUCAGCAACAUGAUGCGUUACAAAUGCUUGCAGCUUUAUAUGUGUGUUCAGUAACAGCCUUCUUCAUUUAUAUCUGUACAGAGGAAUAAUCACACUGAGAAUCAAAAUUUGUAAUUGUGUGAAGUACACUUUCUUUAAACAGUAUCUCCAUGUAAUCAUCAAAACAAUAAUAAUCUUAUUCUACAUUAUUUGGAAAUCUAUACACAUCUUUCAAUUUUACAGUGUGGAAGAAAACUCUUGUUUGCAACUGGGAGUGAAUAUGAAAAGAAAAAUGUUAUAAUAUGAAUUACUGAAUUGCUGUGCACAGCAGAAACGUUUAAAAAUGAAAUGGUUUAAAAUGAAAACUCAGGAAUUAGUUUUUCCUCCCGUUAAGUAAGAUAUUCUGCUACUUUUAAAUCUUAUCUACUAACUUUUAGAUUGCAUAGCCUUAGGGCUGAUAGCAGUGGCCUCAGUUGGGUAUUUCUUGAGAAAUGAUGCUGGUAGAACCUACAGUUACCGAAAGCCUAUUAAACAGAUUAUCCAGGCUCUGUUAUGGCUUUUUGCUGUUAUUUUUAACUAUAAUUUUGUCAUAGCAGUGGUCCUGGAGAAGAUCUAUCUGUAUGAUCACCA